AUGGUUGGCAAUGACACAGUAACUAGAGACCCGUAUGAGGUGAUUGUCAGUGAUCCGCAAUAUUACCAAGCGUCAUCUACCACACCUGCUUGUCAUGGAUUCGUCUCCGCACAUGUAGACGAGACCGAAAUGGCACAGUCAGGUGUCUGCCCUGCCCGGCCCCCUUCCUCGGGGCAUGAGAGCUCCCGCACGUGCUACGCCGCCUCGGGCCGACUUGGUGUCUCGCCGCCGACUGAACUGGAUUUACUACUCUUGGCAGGGCCGAGGCGGGCGCAGAGCUGGAUCAGCCCGGGCGGCGGGUGUUCGGGUCGGGAGCGGUACGCGGGUCGAGCGGCUGAACAGCUACCGCAGUGCGGGGCGUGGCCGUGCGGCUGCUCCGCCAAUAGGGCGCCGGUGGUGGCGGGAGCCAGGAGAGCUGGCCACCGCCGCCGCAGUCACUGUCCGGCCACCGCGGUGAUCGCACCCGCCAUGACGCUCGACCCCCGGCCCCCAGUGCCCUCGUCGCCUCCGCCGCCCGCCGCCUCUGUCAUGGCUGAGCCCCGCCCCGGCCCCCCUCCUCCCUCCCCGCCUCCCCAGCGCCCUCCGCCGCCCACACUUCCGGUGUCUUCGCUGGCCGCGGCGUCGGCGCUGUCGAUGGUGCCGCGGGCGUCCGCCUUUACGGCCGUGUUCCCCUCCGUGGGGCGCGCGCCGCUGCCUGACCUUGCGGCGCUCAACCUGGCGGCCUUCGAGUCCUACCUGGCACUCUCCGGGCUCUCGCGCCUCACGCAGCCGCGCCCGUCCGACGCCCUCGCCUCCUCCAACAAAAAGUUCGACUUCUCGCGCCUGGCGGAGAGCGUGUCCGAGGGCGAGAAACGCCCCAGUGGCGCCACACCUCCGCCGCCUCCCGCGGUGUCGGCGGCGGCAGCGGCGGCUGCCAACCUGGCGCAGGUGGCGCCGCUCAUGUCCUCCGUCAGAUCGCUUCCGCUCCUCGCCGACACGUACCCUCUGCUCCUCAACCCUCUCUAUCAGUCCAUGCUGGCGCAGCAACAGCAGCAGCAGCAACAACAACAGCAACACCAGCACCCUCCCCUGGGGUACCGGCGGGCGCCCGGGGGGAGAGGGCGGGCGCCCAGACCAAAAAAGCAGUUCAUCUGCAAGUACUGCAACCGCCACUUCACCAAGAGCUACAACCUCCUGAUCCACGAGCGCACGCACACCGACGAGCGGCCCUACACCUGCGACAUCUGCGGGAAGGCCUUCCGGCGCCAAGACCAUCUGCGAGACCACAGGUACAUCCACAGCAAGGAGAAGCCGUUCAAGUGCACCGACUGCGGCAAGGGCUUCUGCCAGAGCCGCACCUUGGCCGUGCACCGCAUCCUGCACAUGGAGGAGUCGCCGCACAAGUGUCCAACCUGCGGCAGAAGCUUCAACCAAAGGAGCAACCUGAAGACGCACCUCCUGACGCACACAGACAUCAAGCCCUACACGUGUCCCCAGUGCGAUAAGGUGUUCCGUCGGAACUGUGACCUGAGACGCCACGCCCUCACGCACAACCUCACGUCUCCGCUCGACCUCGACCUGGGCUCCCUCCCCCCCUCCUCCUCCGACUCCCCCCUCCACUCCCUGGAGAUGCCGUCGCCCCCCGCGGUGUCGGUGCUCUCGCCGGCGGUCGUGGCAGGCGCUGCCGGCGACGACGAGGCGGAGCGGGACGGCGGCCUCGCGCCCCCGAGGACCUACAGCAGCAGCAGCGACGAGGAGGACAUAGCGAGGGCUGGCAAGCGAUCCAAGAUGGACGCCGCCUAUGCUGACGCCGACGACCCCAUUAACAGCGCCGACUUUGAUGACGACGACGAGGACGACUUCGGCAAGGAUGACCUGGUGGACGACGACGACGACAGCAACCCGUCGAGCCCCCCCACGUUGCUCGGGAGGUUCCGGUCGGGGGCGCAGAAGGAGCCUUUGAACCUCGGAGCGUCGAGCUCGGCCUCCCUCGCCUCCUUCAGUAUAGCCUCCAUCAUGGGUGGAGCCGACUAAGCACUGGAGGGAAGAGAAUAUUAAUGUUAUUGUAGAAGAUUAACUAUCUAAUUCCGAAUUCUUUAUAAGAAUAUUGACCGCUUGCGUAUGUCACACGGACGGUGGGCGAGACGCGGCGUUAGAUAACUCUGUAAUAUAGCGAAGGAAUGGGCGUGGCAGAGGGCGUGGCCAAAACGAACCGAGUGAGGACCCUACAUGCCAGGAGACGCGUCCCGGCUCCAACAUCUAGUCAUUUCACGGUAAGACGACAACCUGGAAUAGCGUUGUGCUGGUGACGAGAUGAUGCUGGCGACGAGCAGGCGCUGGCGAGGAGGACGUGUGAGGGAUGGAGACAGCGAUGGACCUGAAUGAUCGAAGGGCAUAACACGUAGAUUGUGCAAUGGUUAACCAGGCUCCCAAAACGGAAGAAAUCGCCACGGUUUGCCAGGCGAAGCAGACCUUUGUUCUUCCGGAUUGAUUCAGAGAACAGGACGGAGUGCGCUAUCCUCCCAUCAAAGGCACUCGAUACGUGGCGAAGGCAGUCUUGUCCCGAAGACAAGGCAUCCGCGAGAAAUGCGCUUGUCUAAUCUCACCAAAUAUCUACAUAAGACACUUUGGAUACUUGUUCACAUAUGACCUCAUCUUUACGUGCUUUGUAAUGCACACGCAAAACACGACAUGGAAGACAAGAAAAAAUAAAUCCUGCGAAGCUCAAAAUUCCUCUCUUGUUUUCAUCUCGUCAACAAAUGAAGUGUUUUCUCAGCACGCCAAGGGUAAAGGAGCAGUCGGCCGCCUCUCGUUCGCGCCGAGCCCGAACUUCCCAAGCCGGAGUACGCACGCCUCUCUGCACUUCCAGAACUUCCACGCCCAGGACACGGUCACCCGCUACCUACAUCCCUCUCUGGACUCAGGUGGUAUACUGAGGUUACCUAUUGCCCGUGACGGCAGCGACAAAGACUCGGGUGUACGCGAAGGGCAAUGCUAAUUUUCAAUGUACCAAAGAUUGAUUCCUUCCGACGGGCGUUAGGUUCGUAGUGGUCAAUAAGGACCUUCCUGAUCCUGAUCCUGGAAUCACUUCGGAAGUUUCCUGUAUUUUUUGUUCUGUAAAUAACAAAGACUCUCAUUCUUAGCGGCAUUUCGUGAUUUGUUUUUCUUUUUUGUGUGUGUUUGAAAGACGGCUGUCAUGCGGACGGCCAAGAAGAGGAUCCAGUGACGUAAAUAAAGUUCGGUCGGAUGCUGAGGAGGAUUCUUGUCCCUUUUGUGUUGAUGAAGGAGUAAAAGGUUAUAUUAAAGGCAUGGCACCUUUGUGAGGAUUUUUUUUUAGGCAUUUCAAGCGCACCUCUGUAAAGCGGAGAAUCUUGACGGAAGGCCACCCAUCGAACGUGUCAUUUGUAGCUGGAGAGAGAGAGACAGUCCACUAAGACCGCUGCCAUAGACAUUGUAGAUUAUAUACUGCUGUAUGGUGGCUUUUACUUCAAUACCUCAGUAUAAUUUAUUCACUUCUAGUUUUUUGUUGUUGUUAUGUGUUAGAGUAAAGCUGCGGGUCAUUUGUUAGUUGCUUCAUGCACACACAGUAAAGGGAGGUGAACACCAAAUAGGUAUAUACAAUAUCUGUCUAUCUAUCUACCUGUAUGUCUAUCGAUCUAUCUGCCUACCCAUCAAUCAGUCAAACUUCUAUCUAUCUAUUUAUUUCUAUCUAUCCACACACACACACACACGGACACACACACACACACACACACACACACACACACACACACACACACACACACACACAUACACACUCACACGUACACAUCGAUAGGAAAUAACCUACACUGAUUUAUCCUUGGAACUACAGCUAUACCUCACUUCCCGAUGAAAAGUCCUUCUCAUCUAAAAAGUUCUUCAGUUGCCUCGUGGCUGAUCUGGAUGCAAAGAUUACAUCACGUAUCAACUGCAUAUCAGUCGUAUUAGAGAUGCUGAAGAAGACCAAACUGUCAGUAGUUGUUAUACAGCUUUUAAAAAAAAUCCGAUAGCAUAGUUUUGCAGCCAAGAUAUAUUCUGGCGUCUGAGCUCCCCUUUUUUUCCUAAGGAAAACAAUUCUCAAGUCAGUUGAUAUAUCCUCAUAGCUAGGAAAAUGACCUUUACCCCCCCCCCCCCCAUGCUUGGUAAAACCCUCCCUGUCAAGUGACACUCGACUCAUUUUUCAGCGUGAUACAGUCUCCUCGUUAAGGAUGACGGUUUUCACGCGACAGGGCGACAGGUAUUUCCCAGUAACGAGGUAACGCAUCACUCUGCCAGUACUGUGAUGCGGUCUCCCUCUCGGUAAGGUGGCUAUCUCGCAUCUUACAGGGAGCCACGACCUCUCAUCCUACGGUAUAAGGUAACACAGCCUCCCUACCAGAACCUCAGUUAAUCGUCGUUACCUUUCACAUCCGAGUCAGUAACGCAGACAUAUCCUGUACAAAGCACGGCGACCCAGCGAGCUGUUGAGUACUCAGUGUUGUGUGAAACUAAUGUGUCUACUGUAUGGAUUUUCAUCAAUAAAACAUUAAACAUCCGC